AUGAAGUUUGUUGCACUUGUUUCAGGAGGUAAAGAUUCUUGUUUCAAUAUCUUGCACUGCUUGGCACAAGGCCACGAGCUUAUAUGUUUGGCCAACCUAUACCCUCCUUCCUCAGAGAAUGACGAGUUAGACUCUUACAUGUACCAAACAGUUGGUCAUGAUGUACUCACCUUGUACGAAAAAUGUACAGGGAAGCCAAUGUACAGAGAGCCCAUUCUAGGAUUGGCCUCGAAUCAAAAGUUAGAGUAUAGCAAAACAGCUAACGAUGAAACUGAAGAUUUAUUCAGACUACUCAGCAUUGUGGUAAAACACCACCCGGAUGUCGAAGCUGUCAGCGUGGGGGCUAUACUUUCCAGCUACCAGCGUACACGGGUUGAGGACGUCUGUUUUCGAUUAGGAUUGACAUCAUUGGCCUAUCUAUGGCAAAGAGAUCAAGGAGAAUUGAUGGAGGAAAUGUGUAACAGCGGCAUGGACGCAAGAAUUGUCAAGGUUGCAGCUAUUGGGCUAGAUGAUGCUAAUCUGGAUAUGACGUUACAGCAAAUUCACCCCACAUUGAUCCAGUUGAAUAGAAGAUUUGGUGUGCAUAUCUGUGGUGAAGGAGGUGAGUUUGAAACUAGCGUCUUGGAUGCACCAUUUUUCGAGUUCGGAAGAAUAGAAAUAUUGGAGAAGGAGGUGGUCAAACAUACUAACGAUGAUGUGUGGUACCUUAAAAUAAAGGUUGGAUUCGUCGAAAAGCCGAAAAAUCUACCAAAGAUUGAAAAUUGGUCCGACUUUAUUGUAGAACCCCCUCUUCUCACUGAACAAUUUCAAGAAAUAUAUGACAAUGUAUCGUUCCAAGAAAACAAGCCAUGUACUACAGAAAAUAUUUUUCCCAAAGCCGAAGUGUCUUCUUGGAGUGAAAAUGUUUUUGCAAUGAAUGAUAAAGUAUUUGUGUCCAACUUAUUUUCGGUGAAAGAAAGUAUUGAAGAGCAGAUUGCUGAAAUUUUUGAGAAAUUACAAAAUAUUCUGUCUGAACACGAUUUGAAGUUUAGCAACAUACAGUCUUCCAAACUGUUAGUGAAGGAUAUGGCUAAUUUUGGCAAAAUCAAUUCGAUGUACGUGAAGUACUUCAAUGAACCUUUGCCUCCUGCAAGAAUAUGUGUUGAAACCAAUUUGCCCGAUACAAUACAUGCUCAACUUUCAGUCGUGAUUCUGAAAGAUAUCAAAACAAAAAGUGGAUUGCAUGUGCAGGGGCGCUCUUAUUGGGCACCCUGCAAUAUUGGACCGUAUUCUCAAGGAAUAGCCGAUUCAAAUGAUAGUAUAAUAAGAAUCAGCGGUCAAAUUCCUUUAAUUCCCAAGAAUAUGGAAUUAUCGUGUCAUGAUAAGGCACUGAGUGCUGUUUUAUCGUUGCAGCAUUAUGAUAAUGUUAAGGAAGUAACUGGCUACAAAUUUCAUUUACUAACUAUCUGUUUUAUCAAAAACAUGUCAUUGGUAGAUGUAGCCUCUGGUGUAUUUGACGAGUAUAUCCUUACGAGCAAUGAAAGAGAAAAGUUCACUUCCAAUCUGAUUAUCGUUCAAGUGACAGAACUUCCACGUGGCGCUGAUGUUGAAUGGGGUGGAUUAUUUUACAAAGACCAAGGACAGUAUAUGAACUAUGACUCGGAUUCUGAUGAUGAAAACUCAGACGGCGGUUCUGACAAGGAUAUUAGAAAGAAAGUAGGCGUUUACUUCGUGGAUGAACUCUCUGACUUCAAGUUUGACAUUAAUAAGUCUGCCUUCUAUGAAAUCUACGCUAAUCCAAAGAAGCUGGCUAAUCUGCCCCAUCAAUUGAAAGAUUGUUCCGCCUAUGAAUUGUUCCCUGUUAUACAAGUCAUUGACAGGUUAACAGGUUCCGGAGACAAGAUUGCUAUUGUUGAGUAUAAUUAG